UUUGUAUGUAUGUAAUGACUAUUGAACUAUAUUGAGACAAAUUGAUCAUCAAAAGAAUAUGAAAAAAUUUUUCAAAAGAACCAGAAUUUAGUUUAGAAAUGAGGAUUUGUUUAACUUGCACGACAUGAAAAGGUGUGAACUUGUAUUUGAAUGUUUUCUUUGGCUUACGGGCCGAGUUGGUUGGAAGUGCCCAGAAAAGUGACUACCGAAGGAAGAAGUUGAAAGAUAAAGUUGUGUAAAGAAUUAAGCUUGUCAAAAGUUUUCGAAUUGUAAAUCCGACAAAAUCUCUUUGUGAAUUUACUAUAAAAGCAAAGAAUCUUUUAAAUAACCACCAAUCGUUCCCAUAACAAACAGUCUUCAACAACGGUUCACUCUUUUAUCAACGACAGUUUCUCCGCGUUCUACAAAGAUGUCUAGGAGCAGAAUCGCUUUCUGUUUGUUGCUGCUACUCCUCUCCACGUUUUGCGAUGCAAACAAUGACACAGAGCAAAGUCAACAGAGCAGUACAACGGGAGAAGGGUUUCAGAGCGAUGGACAUGAACAGGAAGAAGCCAGCAAAGUAGAGGUGCAGCAAGACAAUUCCACCAAGAAUGAUGAGACAAAGGACGAUGGAUCGAAAGUUGAAGUUGACGAGGGUGUUGAAGUUCAAAAGGAGGAGGUCAAAAGCCCUGAGAAUGGAGAGCAGAACAAGGAAGAUGUAGAUGAAAUUCAGAAGGAAGACAUCGCUCCUGAAAACAAGGACAAAGAAGGUGAAGCUGAAGUUCAGAAGGAAGAGGUCAUGCCUAAAGAGAACAAAGAAGGAGCCGACGACGUCAAAAGUCCCGAGAACGAGGAUCAGGCCAAGGAAGAUGGAACCGAAGUUCAAAAGGAGCAGGCCAGCCCCUCUGUGAACGGGAGCAAAGAAGAUGGGAUCGAAGUUCAGAAGGAAGACACCGAAACCCCUGUGAACGAGAACAAAGAGAAAGAAGAUGAAGAUCAAAGUGAGGAGGUCAAACCACUUGAGAACGAUAACAAAGAGGAUGGAAAAGAAGUUCAACAGGAAGAGGUCGGAAGUGCUGAGAACGAGGGUCAGAUAAAAGAGGAUGGAGCUCAAGCUCAGGGUGAGGAUGCCGGAGACCAAGAAAGUGGCAGCACAGACACGACGAAAGAAACUCGAUAAAUUUUGUUUUGUUGACUUCUCUUUUCAUUUUCAGGUUUGUUGAAUCUACACCGACUGGACCUUCUUUGAAUGGGAGUUUUAAUAACCAGACAAGUUUUCCACCAAACAAUGCUACCUGGGAUCCAACAAGUAAUGCGCCCCCGGAACCGUCAGAUACGUCAACAGAGCCGCCUGGAACGACCACAGAUCCAAUUGAACCGUCAACAGAAACAACAGGACAAAAGACCGGACCACCAAGCGAGGAAACCAAAUCAAGUGCACAAACAACAACAACAGUUGCAGCAAGUACAGAAAGUAGUGGCAAUCUUCCCCUAAUUGGCGUCAUCAUUUUCUUGGUUCUCCUGCUGAUAGCCAUUUUUGUUUGUUGUUGUAUGCUGAGGAAAAAGAAUCCGGAAGAUGAUAAAGAUUUGGAGAGGCAGGAUCUCGCAUCCGAUGGUGGUUCGUCCAAAACUGAAGGUUCUGAACUUGGCAAGAAAUUAAAAGGCGCUGAAAGUGAAGCGAAGACAGAAGAGAAGGAAGA